AUGGCUGUUUGGGAACAACUGGAAGUCUCAAAAGCCCAUGUUGCAUACGCGUGUGUCGGUGUGUUUUCGUCCGUGUUCUCCCUUAUAUCGUUAUUUGUUAAGGAGAAGUUAUACAUUGGUGAAUCUACAGUUGCAGGGAUCUUCGGAUUAAUCGUCGGACCAGUAUGUUUGAAUUGGUUCAACCCAUUAACAUGGGGGAAUUCUGAUUCCAUCACGUUAGAAAUUACCAGAAUCGUGUUAUGUCUACAAAUCUUUGCCGUGGCCGUGGAACUUCCAAGAAAAUAUAUGUUGAAACAUUGGCUCUCAGUUACCAUGCUACUAUUACCAGUGAUGACUACCGGUUGGUUAAUAAUUGGGCUCUUCGUAUGGAUUAUAAUUCCAGGUUUGAAUUUCGCAGAUAGUCUACUAGUAUCUGCAUGUAUUACAGCUACAGAUCCCAUCCUGGCACAGUCCGUUGUUUCAGGUAAAUUCGCACAGAAAGUUCCAGGACAUUUAAGAAAUUUGUUAUCUGCAGAAUCAGGUUGUAAUGAUGGUAUGGCUUUCCCCUUCUUAUUUUUAUCUAUGAACUUAAUUUUGCAUCCAGGGAAUGCAGGAGAAAUUGUAAAAGAUUGGAUCUGUGUGACCUUACUUUAUGAAUGUAUAUUUGGUUGUCUACUUGGUGUAUUCAUAGGUUAUGUGGGCCGUCGAGCCAUUCGAUUUGCAGAAGAGAAAAGUAUUAUUGAUCGUGAAUCGUUCUUAGCAUUUUACGUGGUUUUAGCAUUUUGUUGUGCAGGAUUUGGUUCCAUAUUAGGUGUAGAUGAUUUGUUAGUCUCCUUUGCGGCAGGUGCUGCUUUUGCAUGGGAUGGCUGGUUUGCCAAAAGUACAGAAGAGAGUAAAGUUUCUACAGUGAUUGAUUUAUUACUAAAUUAUGCAUAUUUCAUUUAUUUUGGUGCCAUUAUCCCAUGGAAACAAUUUAAUAAUGGUGAAUUAGGUCUGAAUGUUUGGAGGUUGAUUAUUUUAGCAAUUAUCGUUAUUUUUCUUCGUAGAAUCCCAGCUGUCAUGCUAUUAAAACCACUGAUUCCUGAUAUAAAAUCGUGGCGUGAAGCACUCUUUGUGGGCCAUUUUGGGCCCAUUGGUGUAGGUGCAAUAUUUGCCGCAAUUUUAGCCAGAUCUGAAUUAGAAGCAAGUGUCACCGAUGAACCUACUCCGUUAAAGACACUUCCGGCACCCGGAACGAAACAUUAUCAGCUGAUUGCCACUAUUUGGCCCAUCACAUGUUUUUUCAUAUUAACUUCCAUUAUUGUUCAUGGUUCAUCAGUGGCCGUCAUUACAUUAGGCCGUCAUCUAAAUACCAUUACAUUGACGAAAACAUUUACCACGCAUACUACAAAUGGGAAUGGGAAAAGUUCAUGGAUGCAAAGAUUACCAUCAUUGGAUAAAUCAGGUCGUUCAUUUUCGUUACAAAGAGUGGAUACACAUAAAGAACCUACCCAAGGUACCACUACAAUGUCAAGAACUAGUACUGUGGAAACAAGUGGUGUUCGUGUAAGAGCAGUUGGUGGUAUGAGUAAGAAGGACGUUAGAGAGAGAAAACAAAAGGAAAGAAGAAAAAGAAGAAGAGAUAAAAUUUUCCAUAAGAGAAAUAUUAGUAAUUUAUAUGGUGGAUAUGAUGAUGAAUUGAAUGAUCUUGGUAGGGAAAGAUUACAAAGAGAAAAAGAAGCUCAAGCUGCUACAUUUGCACUAAGUAGAGAUGAUAAUGAAUUACAAUUGCCCAUGCAUGAUGAAGUUGCAUCAUCAAUCAAUUCUCAAAACGUGAUUGAAGGAAGUAGUGGUAGUACUAAUGACCAAGAAAAACAAGAAUCAGAACCAUCUAAUAAAUCCAAUUCUAGUGAGGAGGAAUUUUCAUCUUUAAUGACAUCUGAAGAAGAGGAAAGACGCCAAGAACUGAGGAAAAGGGAAGAGGAAGGUCAUGUUGCGUAUCAAUCUGGUAAUCAAAUUAUUAUUGAAAAUCGUCAAGGUGAAGUUAUUAAUGAAGCUGAUCUUGAUAGGCCACCAAGAGACGAGGAGGAAAGUGUCGGUGCUGAUAGCCAUAACUUCAGUUUGGCUAGUACAGUAAGUCGUGAGUCCUCUAAUAGCUUACACAAUUUGAAGAGGAUAUUGUCACCACCCGAAAAGCUUAGACAGGUUAUAUCUCAAGGCAGUGAUAAACAUAUGAAGUAUCGUGCAUACAAGAUGGAUAACCAUCUGAUUAUUGAAAAUGAAGAUGGUGAAGUGUUGAGAAGAUAUAAGAUUAAUCCACACCAUCCUGAUAAGAAUAGGAAGGAGGGUACUACUGAUCAUAGAGACUCUGUUAGUACCGAAAGGAGUAGUAGUGUAAGCGGGAAUAAUGUUGUUACGAAGGCCUUAAAUGCAGUUGGAUUAAGAAGUCGUGCAUCAUCCUCCGUAGCGGCCACAUCUCCACGCAGUCCAAGUCCACCAAUUCAUAUAAAACCAAACCUUCAUAUUGAUACAACGAAACAACGUCAACCAAGGCCGUUAACCCCAGUUCCAACACAAAUGUAUUCGUCCAUAUCAGAAGGCGAAGAGGAUUACUCAGAUGAUGAUGGAGCCAGUGGAUAUGGGAAUGGCAGUGAUGAUGAGAAUUUCCCAACACGUCGUCACAACCAUACAUCUGAAGAAGAAGAAGAGGGAGAGGAAUAUGAUUCUGAAUUUGAGCCAGGUGAUGAACCCGAAACGCCGUUCGAGAGACAAAGAAGAUUAGGUGCUUUAGGGAAACUGAAUCAUGAUACUUCUGAUGAGGAAGAAGAAGAAGACGAUGAUGAUGAAAAUAGAGAGGGGGAUCACGAUGAAGAUGAUUACAACGAUGCUGAAGAUAGUGACGAUCAAGAGGGCGGUGAUGAGGUACCACCAACGCCUGUUAUAGAACACCCUGUUAGGGCAAGAGAUAGAAGCGCAAGUACCACACAAAAGGUUGUAUCCACACUAAGUAAGACUUUCCAUUUUUAG